GCUUUUACAUCUAGAAACAGUUUGAAAACGGACAUUUUCCUACCACAAAAAACCAAAACAUAAACAUUAACACACCUAUAAUGAAAAUAAACCGAAGCAUACAAAUGAAAACCGACAUUUGCGCCGAAGCGUGUAUAAUCAAAUUGCAACUAUUCCUCUCAUUCUACUUUUCCGUUUCUUCACCCGCCACCGCCCACCUUUUUUCUUAUAAACGGUUGAAAAUCAAACCUAAAAAAAAUCACAAUUUAUUUUCCCUUUUUCUUCAUCCCCCAAUAUAUAAACCAACAUAACUGUAGAAAAAAAAUUAAAAAUAAAAAAUAAAAAUACUCUAUUUCUUUUUAUCUUUCUCUCUCCUCCAUCCUUACAUUCCCAGAUAUCAGUAGCAGCAGCAGAUCCGCUUAUACUUUCUCUCCCCUCGGCCUUCAAUUGUCCUCGGAGAAGAUUCUGGAAUCUUUUCAUACUCUAUAAAAAUGCAUUCCAAACUUAUAAUUGUUGGCGAACUUCCGAAUUUUCUCUCUCCUCUUCGUCAGCUUCCUUGUUUACAGCUAUGUCGCAGAAUUCCUUGUGCUUCUAGAACUUUCCAGUUUUCGAAUGAUGGCAGUUUACGGUUUCGCCGUUGUUUCUCCGCCGCCGCUUCCGCCGCCUCUCAUAGUAGUACCUUGACCAGUAAUUCUACUCCGUCUAGAAAUGGAGUAUAUACUGUUGGUGAUUUUAUGACUAAGAAGGAGGAUUUAGUUGUCGUUAAACCUUCAACAACAGUAGAUGAAGCUUUGGAAACUCUCGUGGAGUACAGAAUCACCGGGUUUCCUGUGAUUAAUGAUGACUGGGAGCUGGUUGGUGUUGUUUCAGAUUAUGAUCUGCUGGCUUUGGAUUCGAUAUCAGGUACUGGAGUGGCAGAAGCAAGCAUGUUUCCUGAGGUUGAUAGUACUUGGAAAGUAUUUAAUGAGCUCCAGAGUUUACUCAGUAAAACAAAUGGUAAAUUGGUGUCUGAUGUGAUGACACAAGUCCCUGUUGCUGUUCGUGAGACCACAAAUCUUGAGGAUGCGGCUAGAUUACUGCUGGAGACAAGAUAUCGACGACUUCCUGUUGUAGAUGCUGAUGGAAAACUGGUGGGAAUCAUCACAAGAGGAAAUGUUGUAAGAGCGGCUCUGCAAAUUAAACGUGAAAGCGAGAAGAAAGGUCAAUGAUUAGGAGAUACAAAUGUAAUAUGAUUGCCAGAUUAUCCUGAUUGGUUGGUGCUGUAGUAUUUACACGAGGUGGGCAUGUCUCUGCCUUAUGUAGUACCAUUUUUUGUUUUUGCAUAUUUUUGUUUUAUAUAAUUUUUUUGUCAGUUAGUUAUAAAAUAUAAAUAUGUAGUUACAAUUCAAUAUAUUGACUCAAAUUGGAGAUUUUGUACGAUCCUGAUUUAUUAAUUUACCUCUAUUUGUAUA